AGUGAUCACUAGUAGAACAUUCUAGAACAUGUGUUUUGUUAGUAAAACAUUCUAGAACAUUUCAGAUCAUGUGUUUGUUAGUAGAACAUUCUAGAACAGGUUUUAGUAUUUAAGUGUUGAGUUUUAGAUUUGUUGAGAUCAUCGAAUUGACUGUGUGAACGUUAUCUCAAAUACUCUAAACCCUGAUCCCUCACAUUUGGUGGCAGCAGUGGGAUCUAAAGUGUGACAGAUUUUCCACUGACCUACAGUUCAUGACUACUAGAUCAGGACGACUCUACAAGAUGUCUAGCAACGAGGGGACAGACCUUACAUCUCUCCGGGAGAUGAUGCAGCUGAUGCUAGAGGACCGCAGAAAGAGAGAUGAGGAGAUAGCACAAGAGAGACAGAGACGAGAAGACGAACUAGCUGCAGAGAGAGAGCAGAGAGAAGAACAAAGACGUGCCGAGAGCGAGCUGAGAGAGGAACAAAGGCGACAACGAGAGGAGGAACUCGCUAGAGACAGACAAAUGUGGGAGGAGCAGUUUGCAGAGGAGCACCAUCAGUUGAAGGAACAGAUGGCACUGCUUCAGAGGCUUGUGAUUGACAAGACAGCUCGUCCCCCAACUGGCGAAAGCAGGCCCUCACUGAAGUUGAGUCGUCUCCUAGAUGUAGAUGACAUCGAGGCCUUUCUCAUCACCUUCGAACGUAGCAUGGGAGCAUACGAAGUGGACAAGUCAAGAUGGACAUGCCUACUGGCACCUCAACUAACUGGCAAAGCACAGCAGGCUUAUGUAGCUAUGGCAGCUGAUACAGCCAAUGACUAUGACCAGUUGAAGAACGCGAUACUUCGGAGAUACGAUAUCAACGAGGAGACGUACAGGCAACGAUUCAGAUCACAGAAGAUGAACACUGGAGAAUCGCCUAAGGAGUUGGUCACCCGGCUCACAGACUUAGCAACCAGAUGGACAAGAACCUGUACUGACAUCGUCCAAGUGAUCGACCUCAUGGUUACCGAACAAUUUUUAGAAGGUCUAACCGAGGAGGUACGCCUCCAUGUAAGCGAACGAAAGCCAAAGACCAGUGGGGAAGCAGCUCAGUUUGUUGAGGACUACAUCCAGGCUCACCAUACCACGGGAAACAAAUCUACCGAGAAGACACCCCCAGGGAAUUGCCCUAAAUGUGGACUACUAGGCCACUGGGCUCGAGACUGCCCCAGCCCACGACAGGAGAAUACAAGACUACCCCCCAGACGAGAACCAACUUGUUUCAACUGCCAUGAGAAGGGACACUUCGCUAACAAGUGCCCUAGCAACCCCAACCUGUUCUGUGACGAAGGAAAGGCUACCUUGAUGUUCCAGCCAACCUCCAACUCCAACGAGAAGAUAAUCCGAUGAGGUUUUGUGGAAGGAAAACCAGUUUCAAACCUGAUCCUGGACACUGGAGCUACUAGAACGCUGGUCCGGUCCAACCUCCUACCACCCUCUAUUAGGAUUGAGGGUGAAAUUACAGUCAGAUGUGCUCACGGGGAUACUCUCACUUACCCCCUUGCAGAUAUCAAGGUAUCCAUAGGUUCAAAAACAUUCCUGGUGCGAGCUGGAAUCUCCAACACUCUUCCGGUACCCAUCAUACUUGGCCGAGAUAUCCCUGAACUAUUGUCGCUCAUUAAUGAUGAAUCCGGCACGACACUCCCAAAUACAGAGGACGCCUUCCUCGUCACUACUUGUGCUCAGAAGAAGCAGCAGCAAGAGGCUGAGCAAGCACCCCAAGGAAAAGAAGAAGGAGCAGGGGCAAUUGCUAAACCCCUCGAGGCACAUACAGAGCCUCUGUGCGAACCAUUUGUUGACCUUGACGAUUGUCGUCAAGAGGACAUGCUCAAGAAAGGGGAAACGCCAAACGGUCGCAUGCUCACGACACAAACACGACAAUUUUGUCGCCGGAGAAGGAAGGAGGAGUGUGAGGACAUGGCCUCACAGGGCAUUACUUGAUAUGUGGUAAACCACAAGUACUACAGUGAUCACUAGUAGAACAUUCUAGAACAUGUGUUUUGUUAGUAGAACAUUCUAGAACAUUUCAGAUCAUGUGUUUGUUAGUAGAACAUUCUAGAACAGGUUUUAGUAUUUAAGUGUUGAGUUUUGGAU